GUUGUACUGCUAUAAAUAAUUACCAAAUAAAUUAAUUAUUCAAUACGAUGUUUGUGCACAAAUUUGUUUUACUUGGGACAUUAAUUGUAAAUAUUGUUUUAAGUGAGGAAAUCGAUGAUGAUAUUCGUGUAAACGUGCAUCGGCCUAAACAGUUAUCUACCUAUGCAUACAAUCAUCCACCUCUAUUUGAAUCACCUGACGACAUUUUUGUUGGACAAAAAGAAGUAGUGCGAAAAGCAAAAUCAGUAGAAUCGACGCAAGAACCCGCAGAUCGUAGGGAUCGUGAAAUUGGCGUAGUUUAUGAAAAUACCGCCAGCGAAAAGAUACCAAAUACUGCUGAAAAUAAAACAAGGAGACGAAAACAAAGAAGACGCCAGCACAGCAGUACUAAUACUACACCAAGCGAUAAUUUAACAAGAAGCUAUACUAAAAAUGAAAAGUUAAAUAAAGAAAAACUUAUUACUACUCCUACACCAGCAUUGUUAGAAGCAGUUAAAACCACUUCAUCGCCUAGUCGUGACGUAACACUUUUUCCUAAACGUCCCAUCGAAGACAGCAAAAGGAUAGAGUUUCAGAGGCAGGGCCGAACACGAACUCCUGCUGUCAAAAUAUUAGAUUCAUCAAACUUUGUGUAUUCACACACUGGCAACUUCCAUUACAGCUAUGAUUCAGCCGAUGGGACAAAGGUGUCUAGCAGAGGGGAGUUACGAAAUGUUAAUGAAGGCACUGGAGAAGCUGUAGAAGGGAAUGUUUUCUAUACGGAUAAGGAAGGAAACGACUUUAGCCUAUCCUAUACCGCUGACGAAAAUGGAUAUAGACCAGUGGGCGCCCAUCUUCCCACACCGCCACCAAUCCCGCCAGCAAUUGCUCGUGCCCUUCGUUACUUGGCCACUAAAAAGCCCGAUGACGUCACAGAAAUUCCAGAAAAGAAAAGUGUAAAUUAAAAUAUGCUAUUGAAAAGAUAAUGCAUAUAAAAUACGGUUAGUGUGAUUUGACUAUAGAUUAAAUGCUUACACACAAUUUCGUACCUUAGCAAA